ACGAGUCCACUGCCUAAUUCACCAGCAAGCACUGUGCUGCAAAGUGUUGAAGUGGGAUUCUGUAAUGAAGGUUGUGGUGUCGUGCAUAAACUUCAUCAGAGCAAAGGGACUUAAACACAGGCAGUUCCAAGAAUUCCUGUCUGAACUGGAGUCUACGCACGGAGAUGUGCUGUACUACACAGAGGUCCGAUGGCUGAGCCAGGGCAGAGUUUUGAGGCGUUUUUACGAGCUGCUACCCGAGAUUAACGCAUUUCUUCAUUUAAAAAACAAAACGGUCCCAGAGCUGAUCGACCCAGAAUGGAAAUGGCACCUCGCAUUUUUAACAGACGUGACAGAAAUACUUAACAGCCUUAACUUGCAGCUACAAGGCGAGGGGAAACUCAUUUGCGACAUGUAUUCACACAUAAAAGCAUUUGAGGUGAAAUUAGCGCUGCUUUUGGAACAAGUGAAAAACCGCAACUUCGUCCAUCUUCCUGCUACCCAAAACCUGUCGACAGAGAACCCAGCGGUCCCGUUCCCAGCUGAAAAGUGCGUGGAAGCACUGGAAAUGCUGAAGGCGGAGUUCGGUGUGAGAUUCAGUGAACUACAUGUUCAUGCAAAAGAAAUCCGUCUUUUUCAGAACCCCUUUGUUGCCGACAUUGAUGAAGCCCAGCCUUCAUAUCAGUUUGAGUUGGCUGAGUUACAGAACUGUGAUGUUCUGAAAGACGCAUUCAAGCCCAACAGUCUCAUUGACUUCUAUGCCGCCCUCCCAAACGACACAUAUCCAAACAUCAAAAAACACGCAAUGAAAAUGUCCACAGUUUUUGGCAGCACGUAUAUCUGCGAGAAAACCUUUUCUCGCAUGAAACUGAUGAAAACCCUGAUGAGAUCAAGAUUGACAGAUGAACAUUUGCAUCAGUGCUUGAGACUGGCUGUAACUAGAAUGGAACCUGAUAUUCAACUUCUCACCAGCCAGAUGCAGGCCCACAGUUCACACUGAUGAACAUACAUAGGGAAGUUGAUGAGAGAGAGCUGCAAACAGCGGUGUCUACAAGCCUACUGGAACCUACAAAAGGAUUAUAAGGAAGGAACACAAGAACUUUAAGAGACUGCUCAUAUGUGUCAGAGAGAUUCUGCUCUGACAACUGAGCUGAACUUUUAUCUGUUAAGAUUGUGCAUGGCACGACAGAAAGUUAAUGUUCCAUGGCUUUUUUUUCUAUGAAGAACCCAGAGAGAGUUAUUUAGUUAUUAUUUAUUUCCUGUUUUUUCUGUGAAGAACUCAGAGAGGGUUAUUUAGUUAUUAUUUAUUUCAUUAAUAGUGUUAUUAUUUGUUU